CCAAGCCCGCCGCAAACGCUUGACCGAUUUCCAAGGACUUCAGGAGGUGAUUCAGAGGCUCAAUUCCCUCGCCCUGCUAGCUUUGAUCUGUCAAAGUCUUCAGCCAUGACUCGCGAUAUCCUAAAAGCCGCUCAGUCGGCAUCCAAUGUCUUCGCACUCUCCCAGAAAUACACCGUCCGUUCCACCGGAAUUUGGGAGCGCCUCCGUCAACUGCUCGCUGUCGAUCCCAACCGCUCGACCGGUAUCCCUCUGAACUCGCAGUUCCGCCUCCCCUCCCCUGGUUCCUUGCCUCCUCUGUCUUAUGAUGAGCCCGUUACUCUCCCCGCCGGUGACAUCGCCGACAACCCUUACUGGAAGCGCGAUACCCGCCGGAGCUACCCCAAGCUGAGCACCGUGAGCCAGGCGGAUGCUGUCAGCCUGCUUACCGUUGGAAGCCAAGCCGCACCCAAGGACGACGUUCUUCAGAUCGGUGAGGCUGGUGCGAAGCAAUUGGUGGAGGUUCAGGAGCAGGGCAAAGAGCGUGGCCUGGCCGCGCUCUUUGAGAAGGACAAGAAGAGCAUUCAGGGCGUUUUGGGCGCAAACGGCCUGCCUCCCACGCCUGCCAACAUCAACACGGUUGCCCAGGCUUCGCAGUCCAAGUACGAGAUUAACCCAGAGCAGGGCUACCCCGAUGUGUAUCCUUGCCGUACCUUUGCUUGAUUAGAUAUUCCUGUUUUUGGCCCUUCCCUAGAAGAUCAUAUUGCCUACAAAAGAGCGCAAUAGUCUUUUUACAAUCGAAUUCACCAUUUCUUUGUUCAGUCCGUUUGUGAUUCUCGAGUUCAAAUUUCUCCAGCCAGUUUUUGCUCGCUUCAUCUUGUAAAAUCUGUGUCCAGAAUAAGGCUCGGGCAUAUUCUAGUUGAUUGAGAUGAUUGGAACAAGCGACGCAUGGUCAAGGCUUCGUCUCACGCUGCAGCCAGUCGAGGAAUCGCGGUGGCAAACAUUGCCUGAAUCCGAUAUUCACCUAUCACAUUGCAGUGUCAAGAUGGACAAGCAAACAACUCCGCAGCCCCCCCGAAGCUCGAAAUGGACCAAUACUUUAUUACCGUAAUCCAUAUCCCUGCCCUCGUUUCCCCUGUACGGCUUCCUGACAAUGCUCCUUCUUCAUCGACAAUGCUCGUCAACUUCGUCCUGAUGCCACAUACGGCAAAUGCCCACCCUGUACAACCACUCAAGCCUAUAUGGAAAUGAAUAUUUCAUUACAAG